UCAACGUGAGCAGGCGAGAGAGUGGMAGCGGUGGAUCGCUUUAUUUAUUUUCUGUAAAGAGUAGCGUAGCGAGUGCCCAAUGCGAAGUACACUAAACUCCGCCGGUUACAAUUGCCAGGCGCCUACUUUGGUAUGAUACUUUGGCGGUCAGGGAUGGAAAUCAUAGACUCGGGCAGUGUGAUUUUAACAGCUUACCAUUCAUACGCAUCGUCCAGGAUACAUUUGGUGGAUGAGGGCUGUGCUACUCCGCUGUCUCCAAGACACUCUCCUUGCAGGAAGGUGCAGUACCAGGAGAUAGGCCUACUAGGCAGGAUGAGUUCCAGAGGUGCCAGGCCCUCUUCUCCCCCCAGCUCGCUGGAGCGCCCGGCGUCACAGGACUCCCAGGACUCCAUGGAGGACUACUGGAGCGAGGUGAAGAACAUCGAGGAGGAUGGCGAGCGGGGCCACGAGGACCUGCUGGAGAGGGGCAGCAUGGAUGAGGCCGAGCUUGAGGAGGCGUGGCUGCAGGAGGCGGGUCUGUCCACAUUGGUGUCGGGGGAGUUGGGGGAGGGGCCUGCAGAGGCGCUGCUCUCCACGCUGACGCGCUCGCAGGCAGCCAUGGUGAAGAAGCGUGUGGACAACUACACCCUGACCAUGAGGAAGAGGAACAAGCAACCGGCCAGACACGUCCAAGACGUCUUCUCCACGCCAGAUACCUUGUUGGUUGAUCCCAUACCGCCUGUGUCUCCCAAGUCACCCAAUGGACACAUGCCUUCCAGAUGCAUCCACCGGACGUCUUCAAGAGUGCGGCCUGCUUUUCCCAGCUUCUCCCCGGUGGAGAGACGUGUUUCAGAGUGCCCUCCCCCUCAGGAUACCUCUGACACCCUUUCUUUCGAAGUGCCUUACUCUGAGGGCGUCACUGCCCACCGCAGGGGCCGCCAGGGGGACUGCCAGGACUGCCAACGCAUCCGCAGAGAUGACCCCGACCUGCCAACAUUUCAGCUGCCUAGGCCUAAACUAGGCCUCACCCACAUCCAAGAUCUGUCUUGUGAGGACAUGAAGAAGAUCGGCUACAUCUCUCUGAUUGAACUGACCACGUUCUACGACUGCCUGGGCAUUGAGCUCAAACGCAACCGAGCAGCACGCAGCAAGGCCAGAGAAAGUGGUAUAUUUGGAGUUCCCCUGACCACUCUACUGGAGAAUGACCAGAAGAAAUUCCCCGGGUCCAAGGUUCCUCUCGUCUUCAGAAAGCUCUUGUCCAAGCUGGAGCAGACAGGACUACAAACAGAGGGGAUUCUCAGAGUACCAGGGUCUGCAUCCAGAGUAAAGCAUCUGCGCCAGGAGCUGGAGCAGAAGUUCAAUGAGGAACGGUUUGACUGGGAGCAGGUGAGGCACAAUGACGCAGCGGGUCUGCUGAAGAUGUUCAUCAGAGAGCUGCCUUAUCCUYUGCUCACGCUCCAGCACUUACCGGCCUUCGCCGCUGCACAGAGUGUCUCCUCUCCCAGACACCAGAUCCAGGCCCUGCACCUCCUCAUCAUGCUGCUCCCUGAGCCCAACAGAGACACACUCAAGGCCCUGUUAGAGUUCCUGAGGAAGGUGGUAGCCUAUGAAGAGAAGAACAGGAUGAGUCUGUGGAACGUGUCCAUGAUUGUGGCUCCCAACCUCUUCACCUACCGGGGCAAGAACGCCAAGCAGGAGGAGAUGCAGGCGGCAGGCGGGGCGGCCCACCUCGUACGGCUACUAAUCACAUACCAAGAACUGCUCUGGACCGUGCCCUGCUUUCUCAUCUCCCACGUGAGGAAGUUGAAUGAGGCAAGCAAGAAGCCGCCCAGCUCAGAGAAGACCAAAAGGAAGCUGCUACUGAUGAGGAAGAGGAACGCUGAGAAGACUGAGAGGAGCGAGUUGACUGACCUCCGAGAAGGGGUCAUCAGGGUUCACGCCCCACUACACGCUAAGAUCUCCAUGGCGAUCCAGUUGGACAACGAGACCAAGGCCAAAGAUGUGAUGGCGCGCUUCGAUUAUGAGAACGGUCGUGGCACCAGAAGCACUAGCCAAAGGCCAGUACAGUAUUUGUUUGAGGUCGGAGGAAACAUAGGCGAGCGCUGCUUGGACCCUGAGACUCACCUACUAGAUGUGUACCAUGUGAAUCCGCACUGUGAAUGGCUUUUAAAACCCACGACAACAUGAGAACUGAGGAUUCACUCACUCAACACAGUCAGCAAACUGAACCACUGCCCUCUUGUGGUCGUCCUGGUGAACUGGGCAUGCAUGGAGGCCUUGUUGACUGUAGUUGAGAUUUUAUCCCAAACUAUGGACCACUAAAAAGAGCGAGAGCUGGAAGAGGAACUAUGGAGAGAGACAUUCUCCUCCCGAAGGAAGGACUCAGCAUAGGCCAUGUUUGUGGGAUUGAACCUUAUAACAAACUACUAAAUAGGACAGAAGCACUAUACUCUGACUAGCUGGGUUCUGGAUGGAAGUAUUUGGAGGUGGGACAGCUUUGUGAAGACAUGCUCCACAUACGUGACUGACGACAUCCCAUUGCUUGCCAUUUGAAUUUAUUUGUGCCUUUUGAGGACAGUAACUUAUUUUACACUAAAAUUUCACUAUUAGAUGUUCAAUGUUUCUUUUGACAAACUAAAACGAGUGUUCAGUUUACGUAACAGGAUUGACCUUAAAAUGAGGGACAGACUAAUCACAUGAAAUAAUAAUCUUCAGAAAUGACUUUGUCAAAGCAACAAAAUAGCAAGGUUUUACAAUGAUGGUGAAAUGUUGGGGUUAUUGUUGCUUAAAAUCUUCCAAGAAUCAGAGGGUGCAUGGAGGGACACUAGCAAGUCUUUAUUUAUAUAAAAAAACAGAUUUAUUGAAUUUUCCAUGUGGUCUAUAUCAAAGGGCACUUCAUUUAAUAAAACAGGGUUUUAAAAUUCAUUAUUGUUGCACAAUUUCUACAUAAAAUAUCAAAAAGAUGCAAAAGGAAUUCUUCGUGGAACGACCCUGCUACAGAGGCCAUGGACACAAUAACAGACCAUGUGUACAUCUUCAUGCAAGACCCAGUUAACAUUUACUUGCUAUAUUUAUACCACAAAUGUAUCCUGCUUAUUGUAUUAUUACACAUACUCCAUAUAACUUUUUUAUCAUUUAUAAGAGCAGCAUGUUGAUUGCAAAACCAUUGGGAGUGAGGAGAUUCAGACUAGCAGUUUGGGUUGUUGAGUUCAUGAUGGUGAGGGACAAGUGGAGAUGGGAUGACCUGAUACUGAAUACAGCCAUUGGCUCCRUCUAAAAGGUUGUAACAACUUUGUUUCAUGGUCUCCUGUCCUGCUGACCACUGAUCUGUGUCUAGAACUGAUCAGGACAAGGCAGGUGAAAACAACAUAGUGGAAACCUAUCCAGUCCUUUCACCUGUCAGUGGUCRAGGACAUGAGAUAAGGAGAGGAAGCGGUUUCAGAGUACUGAGGCCCACAUCGGAACUGUGGCCAACGAUUCAGGCCAUUGUCAAGCCCACCUUUUUUGCUUUUUGGAUUUGCAUGUUGAGCAGUAAUAUAGAAAGGUUCAGAACUUAUAUAUCUCCUCCUGACACAUCUCCCCACCCCAACGGACUGUGAAUGUUGUACAUGUGACUUGUAGAAAACAAUGUACACACUACACUAUGACUCAACAACCAAUCCUGUAUGUCCAGUCUACAUAAGAGACAUGCAUUACUAAUGAACUAAACUGACCUUGCAUGCCUGGAGAGUGCUUACAAUACUUCCUCUAAUGAAGGAAAGGAGAAAAGGCAUAGAGUGGCCAUAAAAAAAGGCCYGUCAUAGCAGUGUUAGCCUGGCUUCCAAACUGAUUUCAUUACAUUUCACCAUAGUUUUUUUUCAAACGAUGGUAAGCGCAAUGUUCAGUCUGGUUUAACCAGGCUAGCCCUCGCUUGGUUAUGAACUUGUGAAUAAUGUUUACUUGCAGGGCAUGUAUGUUUUAGCCCGAUCAACCUCUCUCCACUUUAUUUUACUCUGUGGUCUUAGUAGUUCAAUGUUUGCCUGUGCCUUGGUUGUCAGCCUGUGGUUUUUGUUGUUAAAGUAUUCUGUGCUUCCAAAUGAACCUGUAGCAAAUGUAUCAACAAGACAAAGGUCGUAAUGUUGAUAUGGCUUUGCGCAGGACUUUUUUAAAAUUAUUUUCAUCCUUCCAAAGCCAGUGUGUAAACAUUUUUUGUAAAUGAUUGUGCACCAUAGACUCUUACUAUGUGUGUAUUUUCUGUAUAUAGAAUACUGAUUUAGCAUUUUUUUAAUUUGCAUUUAUUUUAUGAAUAUUAUUUGACCACUGUUGACAGUUUUGGCCAAGUGGCACAAUGUAUCUGACACAGUAACAACUGAAUAUAACGUCAAGUUAAAAAUGGA